AUGAAAACAAAGGAGUACAAUGUUCAGCUGACCUGUAUUGACAGCAACAAGCGUUUUACUAUUAAAGCAAUUGGCAUUCAUAGCAUCAGUGACAAGAUUCCAGCAGUGAAAACAUCGCACUUACCGGAGGUUCUUGGCGUACCAAACACCAGAUUUCUCCGUGGAAAAGGGCACGUUGACCUGCUGAUCGGCAUUGAUCACGCACAGAUGCAUGCUGAGGAAACAAGGCAAGUGGACCACCUGCUAGCUCGCAAGUCUCCACUUGGAUGGGUGGCUUUUGGAGGAAAACCAGAAGAGAUCAGUGACGUAACCAGCAUAUUGCAUGUCAAGUACGCCUCACCAAUAGACUUAACGGACUUUUGGACAACGGAAACUAUGGGCGUGGCCGUGAAACCCUGUGUGUGCGAUGCAGACAAACUGACUCAAACAGAAAGAGAAGAAGCCAAACUCAUAGAGGAGUCGUGUUUGAAAGUCGAAAACCAAUGGAUGAUCCCUUACCCCUGGAGGAAAGACCCUAACCAGCUGCCAGACAAUAGAGGUUUGGCAAUAAAACGCCUAGAAUCAACAGAACGACGCCUGAAAAGAAACCCUGAACAAGCUGAAGCUUACUGCAAACAGAUGGAGGAAAUGGAAAGCAUGAAAUUUGCGCGAAAGCUGUCAAAGGAAGAACAAGACAAGUAUCAUGGUCCUGUUCAUUACAUUCCACAUCACGCUGUACUGAGGCCAGAUAAGAAGAGCACACCUGUUCGAAUUGUUUUCAAUGCCUCCUCUGCAUUCCAAGGAGAUGCUCUGAACGAUUACUGGAAAAAAGGUCCCGACCUUUUAAACGGCAUAUUUGGAGUUGUCUUGAGAUUUCGAGAGAAGGAAGUUGCAGUACUGGGAGACAUCUCCAAGAUGUAUCAUAGGAUCCUUAUUCCCGAAAGAGAUCAACACGUACACCGCUUUCUCUGGAGAAAUAUGGAAACAGACAGAGAACCUGUCGCUUACGUCAAAACAGUUCUGACAUCUGGGGACAAGCCCGCACCCGCCAUGGCGCAAAUAGCGCUACGAAAAACAGCCCAAGAGAACAAGGCAGGCUACCCAGAAGCAGCCGAGGUGCUGACGAACAACACGUACAUGGAUGACAUCUGUGAGUCUGUAGAUACAGAAAAGGAAGCUAGAAAAUUAACAAAUGACAUAGACACUGUUUUGAAGACGGGAGGAUUCAGAGUUAAAGAGUGGAUUUCCAAUAAGAUACUCAAAGAGAAAGUGAACGGUGACGCAGAGAAGGAAAUUAACAUCUUCAAAGGAGAUGAGGAGAAGGUCCUGGGAACCCUGUGGAAUUUUAAAAAAGACAAGUUUCACUUCAGAGUGGCAGCAAACCUACUGAAGCUAGACAACAGUCAAAACCAUGUGCAGAAGAUGACCAAAAGAAUAAUCCUGAGUCAAGUGGCUCGCAUUUAUGAUCCGAUUGGAUUUGCAGCAGCGUUCAUCGUCAGAACAAAGAUUGAAAUGCAAAGACUGUGGCAGCUGGGGCUGGACUGGGAUGACGAGCUACCAAUUGCAGUUCAGAAAAACUUGAUUUCACUCUUCAAGGAAAUUAAGGAACUAGACAGUGUGUCGUUCGACAGAUGUCUAACAGUAGUCAAUGCUGUGGAACCGCCAAUGUUAUGCGUUUUCGCUGACGCAUCACAAGACGCACUCGGAGCAUGUGCCUACACACGCCAGAGAAAGGAUGACAGCACUUACGCAGUCAAGUUCAUCGCAGCGAACUCUCGAGUAUCCCCGUUGAAACAGCUGACAAUUCCGCGCUUGGAGCUACAAGCAGCCGUCCUCGCAAGUCGCCUAGCCAAAUCCAUUCAGGAGGAAUCUAGGAUACAGUUUAAAGAUGUCAAGUUCUUUACCGACAGUACGAUUACCUUGGCCUGGAUUCAAGGUCCAUCACGCAGCUUCAAACCAUUCGUCUCCUCGAGAGUGGGAGAAAUUCAAAGUAACUCAGAUCCAAACCAGUGGAAGCACAUCCCCAGUGAGGAUAAUGUAGCUGACGACCUGUCGCGAGGGAUCCGCGUUAAUGAGUUACAAGGCAGGUGGAAGAAUGGCCCAGAGUUCCUAUACCUACCAGAAAGUCAAUGGCCGAUUACGACAACCCUGCCAGCGCCGAAUGUAGACAUGGAACGCCGUCAGAUGCAGAUAUUGACCGCAGUCACAGCACCGAAAGCUAGCAAUGGUAUUGAUCCACGCAAGUUCUCAAGCUGGAGAAAACUGAUCAGUGUAACGGCACGAAUACGCAGAUUGGCACCGUUUAAAUAG